UUCGAUAGAGUAGCUUCUUCUUCUUCUUCUUCCGCCGAACGACGAUGAGCUCCGCGUUCCUCAAUCCCUCUCCCUUCUCCCUCCCCUCGAACCUCUUCUCCUCCGCCCGCCUCCGCCGCCGCCGCCGCCUCGCGGUCUCCGCCGACCUCGACCGGCCGCGGGCCGACGCCGACGCCGACGCCGACUCCUCCUCCUCUCCGUCGCGCGGCCCCGACGUCUUCGGCGGCCCGAGGGAGCUCGCCGGCCUCCAACCCCUCGUCAAGAACUUCCCCCCGCCCGCGCGGUUGGCGGCCUCGGCGAUCGUGGUGGCCGGCGCGCUCGCCGCUGGGUAUCGGCUGGGCCUCCGCUUCGGCGGCUCUCGCAAUGCCGCCCUCGGCGGGGCCGCCGUGCUCGGGGCGGCCGGUGGCGCCGCGGCGUACGCGGUGAGGGCUUGCGAGCCUGAGGUUGCCGCUGCCGAUUUGCAUAACUACGUCGCCGGCUGCGACGAUCCUCAGGCGGUUCGGAAAGAGGACAUAGAACAGAUUGCUAACAGGUACGGCGUGAGCAAACAAGAUGAGGCCUUCAAUGCUGAGCUAUGUGAUUUGUACCUCAGGUUUGUCUCAUCCGUCCUUCCUCCUGGAAACGAAGAACUUAAAGGAGAUGAAGUCGAUAAAAUUGUUAAGUUUAAGAGUGCUCUGGGAAUUGAUGAUCCGGAGGCGGCAGCCAUGCAUAUGGAGAUUGGUAGGCGUAUUUUCAGGCAAAGGCUUGAAACUGGGGAUCGCGAAGCUGAUGCGGAGCAGCGUCGGGCAUUUCAAAAGCUGAUAUAUGUUUCCACGCUUGUGUUUGGAGAAGCGUCAAGUUUCCUUUUACCUUGGAAGCGCAUAUUCAAAGUUACUGAUGCGCAGAUUGAGGUUGCUGUUCGUGAUAAUGCACAGAGGUUGUAUGUGUCCAAGCUAAAAGCAAUCGGAAGAGAUCUCAAAGCGGAGCAGCUUGAAAAUCUUCGAGAAGUGCAACUAUCUUAUCGACUUUCUGAUGAGCUUGCCGAAGAUUUGCUUAAGGAACAUAUGAGGAAACUUGUGGAGGAAAAUGUCUCGGCAGCUGUGAAUGUGGUGAAAUCAAGAACAAGACCAGCGACGGCAGUCAGUCAAGUUGUAGAACAGCUAGAUGAGAUACUAGCAUUUAACAAUUUGCUUGUCUCAUUAAAGAACCAUCCGAAUGCUGAUCACUUUGUUCGUGGGAUUGGUCCAAUUUCCUUACUUGGUGGUGAAUACGACACUGACCGAAAAAUGGAUGACUUGAAGAUACUUUAUCGAGCAUAUGUUGCAGAGUCUUUCUCAAGUGGUCGACUGGAGGAGAGCAAGCUUGAUGCCUUGAGUCAACUGAGGAAUAUCUUUGGUUUGGGAAAACGCGAGACUGAAGCCAUCAUGCUUGAUGUAUCUGCAAAGGUGUAUCGUAAACGACUUCAACUUGCCUUUACUGGUGGUGAAUUGGAAGCUGCAGAUAGCAAAGCGGCAUUCCUCCAGAAUCUAUGUCAAGAGUUACACUUUGAUCCUCAGAAGGCCAGUGAAAUUCAUGAAGAAAUUUACCGGCAGAAGCUUCAGCUGUGUGUUGCUGAUGGAGAACUGAGUGAAGAGGAUGUUAAAGCGUUGCUAAGAAUACGAGUUAUGCUCUGUAUCCCUCAGCAGACUGUUGAAGCAGCUCACUCCAGUAUAUGUGGCAGUUUAUUUGAGAAGGUUGUGAAGGAUGCGAUUGCCUCAGGUGUUGAUGGAUAUGAUGCUGAAGUGAAAAAAUCAGUGAGAAAAGCAGCUCUUGGCUUGCGCUUGACAAGGGAGGCUGCCAUGUCUAUUGCCAGCACAGCUGUCAGAAAGAUUUUCAUAAAUUACAUUAAACGAGCACGGGCAGCUCAGAAUCGUACUGAAUCUGCGAGGGAGCUUAAGAAGAUGAUUGCUUUCAAUACGUUGGUCGUUACAGAACUGGUGGCAGACAUAAAAGGGGAAUCACCUGAAACUGUAUCCGAAGAGGCUGCUAAGGAGGUAGAAAGACAAAUUGAAGAGGAUGAGGAAUGGGAGUCCCUCCAGACCCUUAGAAAGAUAAGACCCAGCAGAGAACUUACAGCCAAGUUAGGAAAGCAAGGCCAAACAGAGAUCAAUCUGAAAGACGAUCUUCCAGAGAGGGAUAGGACUGACCUCUAUAAAACCUAUCUGCUGUUCUGCCUAACAGGAGAAGUCACCAAUAUCCCAUUCGGGGCGCAAAUCACAACAAAAAAGGAUGACUCUGAAUAUGUACUGCUAAACCAGCUCCGUGGUAUCCUUGGUUUGACCCCUAAGGAGAUUGUGGAAGUUCACCGAAGUCUUGCUGAGCAGGCAUUCAGGCAACAAGCAGAGGUGAUACUGGCUGAUGGUCAGCUGACAAAAGCUAGGAUUGAGCAGCUUAAUGAGGUGCAGAAGCAAGUUGGCUUGCCUCCACAAUAUGCUCAGAAAGUAAUCAAGAGCAUUACAACUACAAAAAUGGCAGCUGCAAUAGAAACUGCCGUCAGUCAGGGGAGGCUCAACAUAAAGCAGAUAAGAGAACUCAAGGAGGCGAGCGUAGAUUUGGACAGCAUGAUAUCUGAGAGCUUGCGGGAGAACCUCUUCAAGAAAACCGUGGAUGAAAUUUUCUCUGCCGGGACCGGUGAAUUUGAUGAGGAGGAAGUCUAUGAGAAAAUCCCAGCAGACCUGAAUAUUAAUGCUGAGAAAGCGAGGGAGGUGGUUCACGAGCUUGCUCGAAGUAGAUUGUCAAAUUCGCUUAUUCAGGCUGUAGCCUUGUUACGACAAAGGAACCAAAAAGGAGCGGUUUCCUCGCUUAACGAUCUGCUCGCUUGCGACAAAGCUGUACCCGCAAAUCCGCUGUCGUGGGAAGUCCCGGAAGAGCUGGCCGACUUAUUUGCUAUAUACAUGAAGAGCGAGCCUGCUCCAGAGAAACUAUCCAGAUUGCAGUAUCUGCUCGGCAUCAGCGACUCGACCGCGGUGGCUAUUCGAGAGAUGGGAGACAGAGUAAUCCAAAUCGGUGCAGACGAGGAAGACUUUGCUUUCUGAGUAGUGCGGUAAUGUCUUCUCGCAUCCGAUGAUUGGCUCAGUUUUUAUCUGCUCUCACAAGGUAGAUAGUAGUUUUGGAAUGUUUACGUAGCAGAAGUAGCAGACCCUUGUAAAAUAUGGUCACACCUCACAACACUCCCCAAGUCUUGCUAUACAGGAAAAAAUGGUCUCGCUUUUCAAA